GCGUAUGUAUACAAAACAUCAAUGCACUAUAUUUUUUUAUGAACAUUUAUGCGGAUUUAUUCAAGUCUGUGCUUUGGCUUUUUAUUUGUAAUAUUGUUCAUGUUAGAUUGUUCAAAUUAAACUGUAAAGUGAGCGUGUUUUUAAGCAACAAACUGUCAAAGAAUAUGUUGAAACUUUUAUUGUUCUUUUGUGCGUCAGCUCUCUCUCAAUAUAUUUCAAAGGAUGGUGUGCAAGAUGCGUUAGCGGAGCAAAGGAUGCUGGAAAAUAUUAGACCUAUAUUGGAUAUAUAUGUAUCUGACAGUUUGGAACGUCACAAAAAUAGCCUGCUGGGACUUUGCGCAGAAAUGAUCAGCGAUUCUGAAAAACAGGUCGAAACAAAGGUGGAAAACUUAAUAAGAGAUGACAAAGGAACAGUGUUUACAAGGUGGGGAAGAAAAGACUGCCCGGCCAAUCAAACAACUAUGGUUUAUACAGGAUAUGCUGGUGGGUCAUACUAUGAACACAUAGGUGCAGCUGCAGACUACGUGUGUAUGCCGCACGAACCCAUAUGGGGACCGCACAAGGAUUUUGUUUACAGUGGUAACGACAUUGGUUAUAUGUACGGGGCCGAGUAUCAGUCGCCUGGAGACUUGUUCGGCAUGUCGACUUGGACCGAUGAUGUCCCAUGUGCCGUCUGCCUUGGAACGCAAUACACAAUCUCACUCAUGAUCCCGGGGCGGAUCCAAUGCUACCCUGGAUGGACAAGGGCAUAUCACGGUAACCUCGCAACCGGUGCCCACACCCACAAGGCGGCCUCUCAGUACGUGUGUGUUGACCAGGAUCCACAGAUAACUACAGGCGGCGCCAACGAGAACGGUAAACUGUUUUAUGGCGUCAAAACAAAGUGUGGGUCGCUACCAUGCCCGCCCUACGAGGAGGGGAAAUUUCUUCCUUGCGUUGUGUGUAUGAAGUGACCAGUCAGUAUGUGUGUCGAUAAAGAUAUCAAUAAACAUUACAAGCUGAAAAA